GGAAUUUGAGUUUUUGCUCAUUUGGUGCCCAAGUCUCACCUUUCUCUGUGGGAACUGCUAGGAGAAAGGGGCUACCGCUGGAACCAAAAAGCUUCUACUUAAACCUCAUGCAAAUAUUCCAAAUUCAACAGUUUCCUAAAUAAUCUCAAACCUCUGCUUGUCCUCCCAUCCUAGUUAACAGGAUCAGCUUUCACCCUCUUGACCAGACAGACCUGUGUUAUGGGGGACUCCCUCCCUCCUCCUCAGCAGUGCCCCCUUCAGUCCUAGUCACGGACCUCUCACCAGGCAGGCUUCUUACCUUGGACCAUCCAGCCCCGGGAUCUCCAUCCCAGACAAUCCAUGUAUCAUACUGCAGCCGCGGUACCUGUCCAAAAUGCAGAGAUCACACCACCAACCUGGGUUAAAACCUCACCCGUCUCCUGUUGCUUUCCUAGGCACAUUCAUAGGGAGCUGGAUCGGAAGUGGACCACCUGAGUCUUGAACGGAGCCCACGUGGAAGGCCAGCAUCACAGAUGGCAACGUGGCACGAUGCUAACCCCUACUGAAAGAUGUCAAGUGAAGGAGUGACGGGCUCAGAUUACCUUGGAAAAGGAUCUCUCUGGCUUCAGGGAGAAAUUAUGCACUGGUUGGCAUGUUCGCUGUAUGUUGCCUGCCGCAAAAGCAUUAUUCCUACAGUUGGAAAGGGUAUCAUGGAAGGAAACUGUGUGUCACUUACCAGAAUACUGCGUUCAGCUAAAUUAAGCUUAAUACAGUUUUUUAGUAAAAUGAAGAAAUGGAUGGACAUGUCAAACCUGUCACAAGAAUUUCGUGAACGUAUAGAAAGGCUAGAGAGAAAUUUUGAAGUGUCUACUGUAAUUUUCAAAAAAUUUGAGCCAAUUUUUUUGGAUAUAUUUCAAAAUCCAUAUGAAGAGCUGCCAAAGUUACCACGAAGCAGGAAACAGAGGCGGAUUCCUUGCAGCGUUAAGGAUCUCUUUAAUUUCUGUUGGACACUCUUUGUUUAUACCAAGGGUAAUUUUCGUAUGAUUGGAGAUGAUUUAGUAAACUCUUACCAUUUGCUUCUGUGCUGCCUGGAUCUGAUUUUUGCUAAUGCCAUUAUGUGCCCAAAUAGACGAGACUUGCUAAAUCCAUCGUUCAAAGGCUUGCCCUCUGCGUUCCACACUGCUGACUUCCAGGCCCCCGAGGAGCCUCCCUGCAUCAUCGCUGUCCUGUGUGAGCUGCACGAUGGACUGCUAGUGGAAGCCAAAGGAAUAAAGGAGCACUACUUUAAGCCGUAUAUUUCAAAGCUCUUUGAUAGGAAGAUUUUAAAAGGAGAAUGCCUCCUGGACCUUUCCAGUUUUACUGAUAACAGCAAAGCAGUUAACAAGGAAUAUGAAGAGUAUGUUCUAACUGUUGGUGAUUUUGAUGAGAGGAUCUUUCUGGGAGCAGAUGCAGAAGAGGAAAUUGGAACACCUCGGAAAUUCACUGGUGACACCCCGCUAGGGAAACUGACAGCACAGGCUAAUGUGGAGUGUAAUCUUCAACAACACUUUGAAAAAAAAAGAUCAUUUGCACCUUCUACCCCACUGACAGGACGGCGAUAUUUACGAGAAAAAGAAGCAGUCAUUACUCCUGUUGCUUCUGCUACCCAAAGUGUGAGCCGCUUACAGAGCAUUGUAGCUGGACUGAAAAAUGCAGCAAGUGAACAACUUACAAAUAUUUUUGAAUCUUGUAUACGUAAUCCUGUGGAAAACAUUACAAAAAUAGUGAAAGGAAUAGGAGAGACUUUCUGCCAACACUAUACCCAAUCAACAGAUGAACAGCCAGGAUCUCACAUAGACUUUGCUAUAAACAGACUUAAGCUGGCAGAAAUUUUAUAUUACAAAAUAUUAGAGACUGUAAUGGUUCAGGAAACACGAAGACUUCAUGGAAUGGAUAUGUCUGUUCUUUUAGAGCAAGAUAUAUUUCAUCGUUCCUUGAUGGCUUGCUGUUUGGAAAUAGUACUGUUUGCCUAUAGCUCACCUCGUACUUUUCCUUGGAUUAUUGAAGUUCUCAAUUUGCAGCCAUUUUAUUUUUACAAGGUUAUUGAAGUGGUGAUACGCUCAGAGGAAGGGCUCUCGAGGGACAUGGUAAAACACCUGAACAGCAUUGAAGAACAGAUUUUGGAGAGUUUGGCAUGGAGUCACAGUUCUGUGCUGUGGGAAGCUCUCCAGGCUUCUGCAAACAAAGUUCCUACCUGUGAAGAAGUUAUAUUCCCAAAUAACUUUGAAACAGGAAAUUGUGGCAAUGUUCAGGGACAUCUUCCCAUGAUACCAAUGUCUCCUAUAAUGCAUCCAAGAGUCAAGGAGGUUCGGACUGAUAGUGGGAAUCUUCGAAGAGAUAUGCAACCAUUGUCUCCGAUUUCUGUCCACGAACGCUACAGUUCUCCUGCUGCAGGGAGUGCUAAGAGACGACUUUUUGGAGAUGACUCCCCAAAGGAAAUCCUUAUGGAUAAGAUCCUAACAGAAGGAACCAAACUGAAAAUUGCUCCUUCUUCAAGCAUUACAGCUGAAAACAUAUCUAUUUCCCCGGGACAGACUCUUCUGACAAUGGCCACAGCCACAGGAACAGGCACAAUAGCACAUAAAGUUACAAUUCCAAUGCAUGGUAUUGCAAAUGAUGCUGGUGAGAUCACACUGAUACCUAUUUCCAUGAACACAACUCAGGAGUCCACAGUUGAGAGUCCUGUGUCGCUUACUGCUCAGUCGUUAAUUGGUGCUUCUCCAAAACAGAGCCAUCUAACUAAAGCCCAAGAAGUGCCUCUGGCUGGAAUGAGCAAGCCAAAGAGAACUGGGUCCUUAGCACUGUUUUACAGAAAGGUCUAUCAUCUGGCAAGUGUACGCUUACGUGAUUUAUGUUUGAAGCUGGAUGUUUCAAAUGAAUUACGAAGGAAGAUAUGGACAUGUUUUGAAUUCACUUUAGUUCACUGCCCUGAUCUAAUGAGAGACAGGCAUUUGGAUCAGCUCCUCCUCUGUGCCUUUUACGUCAUGGCAAAGGUAACAAAAGAAGAAAGAACUUUUCAGGAAAUAAUGAAAAGUUAUAGGAAUCAGCCCCAAGCUAAUAGUCAUGUAUACAGAAGUGUUUUGCUGAAAAGUAUUCCAAGAGAAGUUGUGACAUAUCAUAAAAACAUAAAUGGUGAUUUUGAAAUGGCAGAUGGUGACUUGGAAGAUGCCACAAAAACACCUGACUGUUCCAGUGGACCUGUGAAAGAGGAAAGAGGUGAUCUUAUCAAAUUUUACAAUACCGUGUAUGUAGGAAGAGUGAAGUCAUUUGCACUGAAAUACGACUUGUCAAAUAAAGACCAUAUGAUGGAUGUGCCACCACUCUCUCCUUUUCCUCAUAUUAAGCAACAGCCAGGCUCACCACGCCGUGUUUCCCAGCAGCACUCUAUUUAUGUUUCCCCACACAAGAAUGGGUCUGGCCUCACGCCAAGGAGCGCCCUGCUCUACAGAUUCAACGGCAGCCCUUCUAAGAGUUUGAAAGAUAUCAACAACAUGAUAAGGCAAGGUGAACAGAGGACCAAGAAGCGAGCAAUAGCCAUUGACAGUGAGGCAGAAUCACCUGCCAAACGCCUCUGUCAGGAAAAUGACGAUGUUUUGCUUAAACGACUACAGGAUGUCGUCAGUGAGAGAGCGAAUCACUGACUUCAUCUGUUUCUGAUAAAAGCACUUUCAGCUUCUGCAGAAAUCUGGGGCUCCGUCCUCCACACUUUUUGGCCUUGUGGAUGGUAAAUAUCACUGGGCUACAAGAAACACUGAACCAAAAUUAAGCGCUUUUUUAAAAAGCAUUUGUCUAAAAUGUAGUUGACAAAGAUGUAUUUUGAGUUGAAUUGAAAACUAAUGUUUUUGGGACCGGCGCUGUGGUGUAGCGGGUAAAGCCACUGCCUACAGUGCCGGCAUCCUAUGUGGGCACCAGUUCAAGACCCAACUGCUCCACUUACAAUCCAGCUAUCUGCUAUGGCCUGGGAAAGCAGUGGAAGAUGGCCCAAGUCCUUGGGCUUCUGCACCUGCAUGGGAGACCCUGAGGAAGCUCCUGGUUCCUAGCUUUGGAUUGGUGCAGCUCCUGCCAUUGCAGCCAAUUCAGGAGUGAACCAGAGGAUGGAAGACCCCUCUCUCUUUCUGCCUCUGCCUCUCAAAUAAUAAAUCAAUAAAUCUUAAAAAAGGAAAGGAAUGUUUUAAGUGCCUUUUAAAAAUAGUAGUCGUAGAAUUUUUAAAUGUUUCCUGGAUUUUUUUUUUUUUUUUUUUUUGGACAGGCAGAGUUAGACAGUGAGAGAGAGACAGAGAGAAAGGUCCUCUUUUUUCCGUUGAUUCACCCCCCAAAUGGCUGCCAUGGCCGGUGUGCUGCGCCGAUCCGAAGCCAGGAGCCAGGUGCCUCCUCCUGGUCUCCCAUACAGGUGCAGGGCCCAAGCACUUGGGCCAUCCUCCACUGCCUUCCCAGGCCACAGCAGAGAGCUGGCCUGGAAGAGGAGCAAUCAGGACAGAAUCUAGCGCCCCAACUGGGACUAGAACCUGGGGUGCCAGUGCCACAGGUGGGAGGUUUAUCCAAGUGAGCCGCGGUGCUGGCCUGGAUUAGUUUUUAGUAUUAAGAAAAACUUCAGAGUUUUUCAGCUCUCUUUUCAAAACAAUCAAAUGUCUUCUUCUGUGCUUUGUAAUAUAAGGCUAAAUAACCUAUUUUUGGUAAGUAUGCUUUGAGAUUUGUAUUUUCAAGUUAAUCUUGAAGGUAAGAAUUGGUUCCUGUAGUGUCUGGCCAGAGGAUGAGGCACUGGCCUGUGUCCGGCCCUCUGUGGCAGCUCCAGUCCAGGUGCCACUCCUGCUCCUGGUUGUCCAGAACCCUGCCUGUGCCCUUCCUGCCCUCAGCAGGAGCAGACUUGCACCUGAACCCCUGCCUCACCCCUCACUCCUGCCUCUCCACCCUGAGCCCUCUUUGCUAGGUGUCAAAAGCCAAUAAAAGGGGUGCUUGCUCCUUUUUAAAACUACGAGCCUUUUGUUUUGCAUGGCAUUAACCUAACUGUACCUGAAAAUAUUAAGUCAUGUAAUUUUAAAAAUAGGAGACUGUUUCUCAAACCAAUAGAAUGAGGUUGAGAUAAAGUUUUUAGGACCCAAUUUUCCUGUUAGGAAACCCUGUAACAUAUGAUACACUUACCAUUUGUGAGAUCCGAAGGUCAGUCAUUCUCCAUAUCUGAUUGAUUCCCUGAGAGUAUUUGAAACGCUGUUGGAAAUCUCAUUAAAAUCCCCUCGUGCCCUUGCAGUCUAGCGGCUGCUGAUCACUUCCCCUCUUUGUUCUCAGUAUUAGUGGUGCAUCGUGUUUUCUAGUACAAGGGGUACAGCUUUCCAAAGAAUCAGUUCUUCUGCACUCACUUUUUCUAGUGUAUUUCCAGAAUCUGGAAGGACAUGCAUAAGGCAUUCUUAUUUUGAGAGAUGUUAUCAAAUGCAUAUGUUUUUAAUUGCAAAUUAUUGUUUUUUAAAACACGAAAUGUUUAACCUGUGUCUGUUGCUGAUUUGAAUUAAUCUGAGAUUUAGUUGUCCAUUGGUAUUGUCAUGAAUUUUAAAGUUUUAAGAAAAAGGAAUUUAAUGAUAUUUUACUUUUCUGAAAUUACAUUUUCUGUGUAGUAUCUACACAUACUAUUGUAAGCCAAAAAACAAAGCCUGUCUUGAGUCCUUGUACAUAUUUUUAUGUGGCUAAAACUUGUGCCAUUUCAUUUUUACUGUUAAAAAUAUACAUGAUCACUUGUACAUUGAAUAUAUAAAAAUCUGGACAUUUUUAUCAAGAUGUGAUAUCUGUAUAUAAAAUGUUUAAUAAAAGUUGGAAUUUCUGAGAUUA